AAUAAGGGGCUGCUACUAGGUCGCAGCAGCCCCGCGUUUAUGUCAAUUGUGAAGCGUCACCCGCUGUGCAUUCGUCAAUUGUCGAGCAUCGAGUGCAAGAGGGUAGUGAGAUCACGUCAACAACGUCGUUUUAAGACGAUACAGAGAGCUCGGCUUUUCGGGCUUUCCGCGAAAGUACAAUAUUUAUUCGAAACCGCGCAUUCUAUUGGCUUCAGCGCGUACAACGCCCGCGCGACACUCCACCGUCCAUCGUGUAAAAAAGCGAGACGCAACGCUCGUAUAAUCAGAAUCGACAUCGCCGAAACAACAGCCGAGGGUUUGUUUGAGAAAUUGAGGCGAUUGUAGAGGGAAGUCGCUGGAUACGUAAUAGGAGCAACGUCAAUGCAAUAUCGUUGAAUUACCAUCCUUUCUGGCGUAAUAUAAUUAUUUAUAAAGCAAAUGGGUAGAAGAAAAAGUAAAAGGAAGCCGCCCCCAAAGCGAAAAAAUAUUAUGCCUCUGGAUACGCAAUUCAAUUGUCCGUUCUGUAACCACGAAAAAUCUUGUGAGGUUAAAAUGGAUAAAGCACGGAAUACUGCGAGAAUUACUUGUAGAGUAUGCCUUGAAGAUUUUCAAACCACUAUAAAUCUGCUCUCUGAACCAUUGGACGUUUAUAACGAUUGGAUCGAUGCAUGUGAAAGUGCUAAUUAAAUUGUUCGAUAUCACUUUUGAAAAUACACACUAUAAAAUAUCUUGUAAAGAUUAUCGACGAGAAAUUUUCUAUUAAUUUGAAUAUUGGUUUAUUUUAAAAUAAACUAAAAAUUAAGUUUUUAGUGGACGUUGUGGCAAACCAAUGUUAUCGAAAGUGUUUGUUAAAGUAGAUAUACAAUAACUUUUAAUAACCAACUUUGAGAAGUAAAU